AUGAUUCGUGACACUCAGGCCAAAGAGGCCUAUCGCGGGGAAGGAGCCCAUGAAGAGGAAGACCCUUUCCAUGGUUAUUUUGUCGGGGUAGAAGAUGUCACCGGUCUUGGUGACUCGGAGGCUCCGAAGAAGAGAUCGGGCAAGGUGGGAGUGUCAUGCCUUUUCAACGAAGCUCAACAGGCCCUGAAUCGGGCUUUUGUGCUUCAUCACGAGGCAUUCCUUCGAUCCCGAGGGGAGCUGAGCCGGUACGAAGCCAAAAUUCGAAGGCUUACUGAGGAGAGAGAUGCCUUCAAUCUUAUCAGUGAGCAAAGAGAAGGAGAAGCAAAAGGACUUCGGACUGAGCUAGACGCUGCUCGGAAAGAACAAGCUGAUCUGACCGAGCAGCUUCAUGUUGAAGUGGACGUAGUGAAAGCGGAGGCCGAGGAGUGGAAAAAGAACAUGGACCGCCUUGCCUCAGAAAAGGAGGCUGCCCGAGCUCAACUAGCCUCUGCUGAGAUAGAAAUUCGAGGCUUGAAAGAGAAGGCCUUGGUGCAAGCUAAGGAAAUCGAGGAGUUCCGAUCUCGGUUGGGCUCAGCAACUUUUGAUCGAGAAAGACUGGCUACAAAACUUGCAGCGGCCAAAUCAGAGGUCGAAACAGCCAUGGCAGAUGCUAAUGCAAUGGUGGCCAUCUACCGGUCCGAUGCUGAAGCUGCUCAGGUUCGAGCAAACGAGGUUGCCGAAGUGGCUCAGGCUCGAGUAAAUUGGGUUGCCGAGCAUGUAAAUGCCACCGAGAUUGAGAAUGCUAAGGAGCUCAAAACCGAAGCUAGAGUGUUGGCCUUUCCUGAUGAUGAUAAUGAUACCAAGAGUAUGAGCGGAUCUGAAAGAGAAGGGGGCCUCGAGGGCAAAUAUGCUGCUCCCGGAGAGGACUAA